AUGAAUUACGGUCAUCAGCAUCCCAAUGGCGGCUACCACCCCAUGCCUCCUGGACAUCCCGCGAACCAGAUGCCCCAGCUUCCUCCCAUGGGGUAUCCAGCACCAGCGCCUUUGCCAUCUAACAUGCCGCCCAAUAUGCCGCCCAACGGAAUGCCUAUGCAACAUCAACCUCAACAUCACCAACCGCCUCCGCCCCCUCCGGCUCAGGCACCCGUGCCAGCCUCUAUUUCAAAAACGGAUGAUUUGGGCAGGAAAUACGAGCUCGUCGUUGUGCAGCAGCCUCAGCGAGCGCGAAUGUGCGGGUUUGGUGACAAGGAUCGCCGGCCGAUUACCCCUCCUCCGUGUAUCAAAGUUGUCGUGCGAGAUGCGAAGACUGGCCAAGAAAUAAACCCAAACGAUAUCGAUUCGGCACAUUACAUUAUUCAGGUUGACUUGUGGUCAGAAGAUGGCACCCAGGAGGUGAACCUCGUUCGUCACUCUUCCAACACAGCAUCGAUAUCGACCACACAGCCUUACUCGUACACGGCGCUGCGCGAGGACCCCAUGAACCCGCCGCCAGCGCAGCCUUACCAAGAUAUGCAACCUUAUGGAUCAGCACCCAUGGGAUACGGCCAACAACCGCCACCGCCGCAGCCCCAACAGCACAUGAUGCCAAGCUACGGCAUGGCAGCUGGAUCCAACUAUCCUCAAUACCAGUCAACCAAUUCUCGGUUUGCGCCGGCAACUCAGUACUAUCCACAACAUGCCAACCCAGGCCCCGUGCCCUCGCAGGCGGAUAUGGCGUACGGCCACCGCCAGUCGCUAUCCAUGGCAGCGAGCCAACCCCAAGGAAUGUUUACAAGAAACAUCAUUGGAAGCGUCAGUUCUAGUGCCUUCCGCCUCAACGACGUAGACGAUCAAGUCGGUGUUUGGUUCAUCAUGCAAGACCUGAGUGUGAGAACCGAAGGCCACUUCAGAUUGCGCUUCUCAUUUGUCAACAUCGCGAAGCCCCCGGGCGCGACCAAUCCAAACGGAUCCAUGGUAAACCAGCACAAAGCCCCGAUUCUCGCUGCAACUUUCAGCGACGCUUUCCAGGUGUACUCGGCCAAAAAAUUCCCCGGUGUCUGCGAGAGUACUCCCCUCAGUAAAUGUUUCGCAACGCAGGGCAUCAAGAUCCCCAUCAGGAAGGAGGGUGCCGCAGACGGGAAGAAGGGCGGUGACGAUGACGACGAAGCCUAUCAGUAG